AUGCAGUACUGCUGCCUCGAUCGGUCCAAUGGAAACGAUGUAGCGCGCUCGGUGAACAGCAUGACCGCAUUCUUGGCGUAUGCACUUCCGUCCUCACCUCUUUCGCUACUGACCAUUAUGAGGUGUCCUAUGCUUCAAUCUAAUGCUGCAGCGGGUGCUGUUGGGAGUGACGACUCCUUGAUCCGUGAUGAAGACUAUCAUGGACCGCCAUCGGACACCGAUUUAUAA